AUGGGGAUGUACAGGAUAAAAUUUGAUGCCGGGACUCUUCUGCUUAGUACACACCGACUGAUUUGGAGAGAUCAGAAAAAUCAUGAAUGCUGUAUGGCCAUUCCUUUGUCCCAAAUUGUAUUUAUUGAAGAACAGGCAGCUGGAAUUGGGAAGAGAAGAUUGUUUGUUGAGCAGAGUUCAACAAAAAUUUCAUUUUCAUUUCAGGCCUUUGAAGACCUUAGCAAGCUAAUGAUCAAGGCUAAAGAAAUGGUGGAGUUAUCAAGAUCAAUUGCUAAUAAAAUUAAAGAGAAGCAAGGUGACGUCACAGAAGAUGAGGAACGAGGGGGAAUAAUGUCACUCACAGAGGUGUACUGUUUAGUAAAUCGAGCUCGAGGAAUGGAAUUGCUCUCUCCAGAAGACUUAGUGAAUGCCUGCAAGAUGCUAGAAGCACUGAAAUUACCUCUCAGGCUCCGGGUUUUUGACAGUGGUGUCAUGGUAAUUGAGCUCCAGUCUCACAAGGAAGAGGAAAUGGUGGCCUCAGCCUUGGAGACGGUUUCAGAAAAGGGAUCCUUAACAUCAGAGGAGUUUGCUAAGCUUGUGGGCAUGUCUGUCCUCCUGGCCAAAGAAAGGUUGCUACUUGCUGAGAAGAUGGGCCAUCUUUGCCGAGAUGAUUCAGUAGAAGGCUUGCGCUUCUAUCCAAAUUUAUUCAUGACACAGAGCUAAGGAUUUUGUACUUGAAAUACUUCUUGGCUGUACAUUUGUUUCAUGUAGAGGUAUUGUGACAUUAAGACAUGAGAUAAACCCUGAUCAAACUGAGAAUUUGUUAAAAUUCUACAGUAUCAUAUAAAACUCUUUUCAUCUUUCUCUAAAUACUAUGGAAAAUAUUAUAGGAAACUACAGAAAAGUGAAUGUCAAUAAGGAUUUAAAGUCAUUCUAUGGUUAUUCAGAAACUUCUGAGUUUAACUUGAAACAUGGUGGGUUUUAACUUGAUCCCCAAAGGGGAAACAAUUUUAUAAAGAAGGGAAUUUAAGUCUUUGGGGAAGGAGAAAGAGAGGUUGCGUGUUUGAGCCGAUUAGAUUGCUUAUUUCUAUGUGAUUAAGAUUCACAGAAUUGCAAACAUUUUCCUCUGUGUUUGAUGUGCCCGUGGGGGGUUUUCAUGGAGGAAGUCAGAGCAAUAGUGUCAUUUAAGGACCUGACAACAUUGGAACCAAAUAUCAAACUGCAGAAUGCCACCAAGACUCUUUCUAAGGGCUUUCAAAGUAGCCAUAACAGACCAAAUAAAACAUCUUUGAAAAAAGAGAGGAAAAGGGGUGUGGCUCUUGUCUAGCAUGCAAGCAUGAGGCUUCCCAGCAGUUGGGGAGUAGGGGAGGAAAAGGAGAAAAUGUUUGAAUUGUGUCUAUAUACUGCAACUAAUUUCUCUUUAUUUUUUAAGUGACGAUUUUUCAUGGCUGGCAUUUAAAGAAUGUGACUGUGUCAUUUUGCUUGAAAAAUUUGUGGAUUUUGAAACUGAAUUAAAGAGCUGUAUGGAUUU